GUGUGUAUAUGUAUAUGAUCGUAUUCCUCAUUACUUUUGUUGGUUCAAAUUGUGUCACAAUCCAAUAGUCAUUUGUUAUAUUGAUAGCAACUGUAGCUUAUUACGGCUAUAACGAGCCAUCAUUCACUUCGAUUACGGGCAAUGUCCUUUUAACGCGUUGUAGCAUGUAAACUCCUUUGACCGCGCUACCUUACACUAAUCAUAUUUGUGGAAUUGAAAGUCAGCGCGGCACUCCUACACAUCCCCGAUCAACCGAUACUUCAUCAAUGACGCGUCAAUACAACAAUAACUUCAAACAAUAUUUAUACAAUUAAACUGAAAGGACAUGCCAAGACACUCGGAAGUAUUUCAGUGACAAUAUGGAAUUUCGCGACAGUAAUCAACAAGUGCGCGACGCUUACGGACGUUUACAAAGCAUUUUAUUAUUGUCUUCCGGUUGACAUUGACCUAUAAAAGGUGGUUAUUUGAGAACGCGUUACGGACACAAAUUGUAUAUGUGCAUACAUAUCUACACAUAUAAUCACUGUGCGCUCAUACUAAAGGGAAAGGAACGGCUUGAUAAUACAGUACACUUUCAUAAAACUUUCAUAAUGGUCUGGCAGUUUUUAAAACAUUUAACGCAAUCGGAUAGCAUUUUACAGUCACUUCGACCGUUAGCAUAUAUUUCACUGAUUGGUUUGGCACCAUUUCGUUUGAGUGUUAGCAAGGAAGUGACCACUUCGGCCUUUUCUCUUGCUGCUGGCAUUUUGCACUUUUUUUUCUAUGUGCUAUGUUUUUUUCUAUCGCUACGCGAAGGAGACUCCAUCAUUAGCUACUUCUUCCAGACAAGCGUAACGCGUUUGGGCGAUGCAACACUCUCUUUAAGUGGCAUAAUAGCAAUGGUCAUGAUUUUUAGUUCAAUUUUCUUUAAGCGCAAUUUACUGCUUACAAUCAUACAAAACUGUUUAGUGGUGGAUGGGAUAUUUUUGCGUUUGGGACUAAAGCUUGAUUAUCGCAAAAUACUGAUGUAUUCAUUUGUUACUUCGCUAGGAUUAUUGUUGUUCAACUUCGUUUACUUAUUGGUCAGUUAUAUGCUAUUGCGUUCGGCAGAGAUAUGGCCAUCAUUUGUAGUUUUUACCACAUUCGCCUUGCCACAUUUAAAUAUCAGCAUUAUGGUCUUCAAAUUUCUAUGCACCACUCAUCUGACACGUACGCGUUUUAGAAUGAUGAAUGCGGUGCUGCAGGAUAUACUCGACUCAUGUAUUGAGGAGCGCGAUGCAGUUGAGCUCUCACCAAUGCACUCAGUAAUACAUUUACAUAGUACCAAUAAUAUUACAUCACGGCAUGCCCCAUCGGUUAUUAAACCCACAGCUACGCCACGCACUCGUUACAGCGUCACUUCUCUUGUACGUCGCAAUCCUGAAGGAGCGCUCAAACAAGUCAGCAAUGUGCAUAAUUUACUUUGUGACAUAUGUUGCACAAUCGAGGAUUACUUUAAUUAUCCAAUGCUAGCUAUUAUAGCUAUUUCAUUCCUAUUUAUUCUAUUUGAUGACUUUUACAUAUUGGAAGCGGUCAUCACGCCAAGUCGUGUUGACAAAUUUGAAGCCGAUGAAUUCUUUGCAUUUUUCAUUACGCAAAUGUUGUGGUAUGUGGUGAUAAUAUUGUUAAUUGUUGAGGGUAGCAGCAAAACCAUUAAGGAAAGCAAUAAAACAGCAGCUAUUGUACAUAAAAUACUAAACAUAUCUGAGGAAUCGGCCGUACAUGAUCGUCUGUUGCGUUUAUCGUUGCAAUUGUCACAUAGACGAGUUGUGUUCACAGCCGCCGGACUAUUUAAUUUGGAUCGUACGUUAAUAUUUACAAUUUGUGGCGCUGCAACUUGCUACCUCAUAAUUCUCAUACAAUUUCGCUAUAAUCCGGCACACUGGGAUCGUUUAAAUACGUCAUCCGGUACAGUUUUAGCUUCAUAA